ACUAGUAAUUUUACAUAAUCCUCGCAGACUCGAAGUCACGAUUAUGGCGACGGAACUUGAAGAACUAGUGGGCUUCCUCUCUUCUCCUUCCCCACAGGUGAAAAAAGCAGCUGUUGAUAUAGUUCGAGAUUUAACUGGUUCAGAAGAUGGUUUGCUAUCCCUUGCCAACUACUCGGAAAUUGUGAUUCCGUCACUGUCUCACCUUUUAGGUGAAAAAAAGGAAGUUUCAGAACCCGCAGCUGAAGCUCUUAUAAAUCUUUCACAAAAUCUAGACCUAUCUGCAAAGAUGGUUGCAAUAGGGAUGAUUAAAACAGCCAUGGAGACGUUAUACAAACAAGAUUCUGGCAUUGCUAGGUUGCUUGUUAUGCUCCUUGUUAAUCUCACACAGUUGGAUGAGGGUAUUGUUUGCCUGCUUCAGAACGAAGACAAGAAUUUACAAGGACUGUAUUUGAUGAAGCUCGUUAGGUCAUUCUGUACAUCCUCAAGUGAAAAAAGAGAGGAUCCUUUUGAACAUGUUGGAUCGAUACUCGUAAACAUCUCAAAAAUGGAAGCGGGGAGAAAAUUGCUAUUGGACCCAAAGAGAGGUCUUCUGAAACAAAUAAUUCGACAGUUUGAUUCCACAAGUCCGCUGCGAAAGAAGGGGGUUUGUGGAACCAUUCGUAAUUGCUGUUUUGAAGCUGAGAACCAGCUACAAAAUUUACUUUUGACGUCCGAAUUUCUUUGGCCAGCUCUACUUCUGCCUGUUGCUGGCAAGAAGGUUUAUAGCAAACAGGACACAUCCAAAAUGCCACUAGAGCUUGGGAGUGCACUUUCAAUUGAACGAGAACCAGUUGACGAUCCAGAAAUCCAUAUCCAAGCACUGGAAGCUAUUUACCUGAUAUCAUUGCAGGAGGCAGGUAGGAGAGCUCUGUGGUCCGUUAAUGGCCCACGGAUACUGCAAGUUGGAUAUGAAGAUGAAGAGGACCCAAAAGUAAUGGAAGCAUAUGAGCGGAUUGGAUCCUUGCUGGUUCAAGACAGUGGGGUAGAGGAAACAUCUGCUCAAAUUUCAAAGUAGUAAUGUCUGGGUGCAUUGAAUUGAAUCUACAAAUGGUGAAUACCAAGGUAUCAAAAACCGAUUAAUUAGAACCUCAAGGUACAGCAUUUGUUUCAGUCCGGAUGGAGGUGUAUGGGCUUCAUAAACCCAAACAAACUACUGUUUUUUUUAGUAUAAAUUUUAUCUGUCCUAUCUCUGUGUGAUUUAUAGUUAAGAAAAAAUUAUUUUUG